AUGAUACUUGCCUCCUUUCAAGCGACAAUUAGCGACAAGAAUAAUCGCGUACAAGGUUCCACUGAAAAGGAGGACACUUCUGCUCUGGUUGACUUGAUAGAUUCUUUUGAAGAGAACUGGAGUGAUUAUCAACUUUCGUCUUCUUCUUCAAAUACAUCGUACCUGGCCUCGUUGCCAUAUGGAUAUGGUCCAGAGCUUCUUCCAUACAGGGGAGAUAGCUUUGUAGAUCAAAUGGAGACAUUCCAAGUGCCGCUCAUAUUGUCCAACGAGGGCUACGGGGAUAAGGAAAAGGAAAAAGAAAGCAUCUCUGGUAAAUCUAAAUAA